AUGGCCAAAAAGGUGCAGGUCAAAUUCUUCAUGAAAGGUUCGAAGCCCAAAAACUUAGAGAAGGCGAUCUAUGUAUACAAGACCGCUACAAUCCGAGAGGCGCUUGAGAUUGCGUGCAAGGAAUUUGCCAAAGAAGAGGACGUGGUGCUCCCAUCGAUGGAAAACGUGCGGCUGCGUGGAUACAACGACUACAAUUGCCUUCUAUCUGACACGUACGAUGACAAGGAGGACAUGACGUUGUCGUCGCUAGGCAUUUACGCUGGCCAGCAGAUGUUCCUUGAGGUGAAGAGUGACAAUGAAGAGUGGGAAGACCAUGACCCAACGAAGCUGCAGCUUUUCGUGCGGAGGUUUGUCGACCCGGAGUCUGACAAUGCGGGCAGCGCGCCCAGUGGCGUAUUUAUGGCGAGGUGUGUUCAAGUGGACGAGGAUGCUAACGUAGGAUCACUCUGCGCUCUAAUCACUAAGAAGUUCUCGAUCCCUGUUGGCCAAAAGGUCCGCCUCAUCAAGAAGAGCGCCACCACGUACAGCAUUACUGCAGCCAAGAUCCUAAACGCGAACGAAGACGACCGCACCCUGAACUUACGGCUGAAGAUGGAUUUGCAUCUGAUGAAUGGAACCGAGUUGUAUUUCGAGGAGACGGCUGAUCUCACGCUUCCGUCACCGGCUGAGGCAUUCUUCGAGCGCGAAGCCAAUAUGAUCACCGUCAACUUCAAGUACUUGACUGGCCCAGCGGAGCCUAUUCGCAUCGACCGAAGGGAGACUAUCCGCACUCUAAAGGAGCGGAUUAGUGCCAAGAUUUGUCUGCCGUCGAACAAGUUCAAGAUUUUGCGUGGCAUCAACAGCGCUGGAGUAGAAAUCAAGGCAAUCGAUAGUACUCUAUCAAAACUCUCGAUCGGCUCCAACCACACAGUCUUCGCUUUGGAGGGCACUCCGCUGAACACGGGCGAGUACAACUUCAGACUGAUGUUCUAUAACCCGAUGAGCGCUGGCUCGCCUUCCCUGGUAGUCGGCGACAAUAAUAACCAAGACCUGCCGUCCAUGACAAGUGCUGACGGCGCUAAUAGCCGGGAUUUGUUCGAUAUCGAUGAAGUGCUGGUGGCAACGGGCAAGGACGACUCGCUGCUGACAUUCGUGAGCCAGAUCGUCAUUAGUGAGGAGAUGAUGGUGGAAGAUAUCCGUAAAAGGGUGUGGGAUGCGUUGGUAGAGAAGAACUUGGUCGAGGCAGACAAUGGAGGCCUCACUCCGUCUUACAUCCGACUUCGUGACCUUCGUCAAAGUACAAUGACAAGUGUGCUAGUCGAUGGGCAAAAGCUCGUGGAGGCAUCCAAACUUGCAGUGUAUGAAGGAAGAAGUAUUGUGGCCGAACUCUUACCGGAGCCGGAGACGUCGGAGGUGAACCACCGGAUUGUUGAAUUUGCGUAUGUCAACCGCGCGACGUGGCGUUUUGUCAAGAAUAUGCGACGCGAGGUGGUUAUCUCAACCUCGGAAGAGGAGAAGCACCCCACGACGUAUCUGGCGGAUGCUGCCAGCGCCGCUUUAUCGAUCCCCGCGGAGCGCUUGGCUUUCGCCCGUAUCCCGUAUCAUCGCGACUCAAUCGACAUCCUUGAGGUGGUUUCUUACGAGUUUGAGCCUCCUGCGACGUUCGCGAACAAGGAGGCCGAGUACCAGGAGCUCUUUCUUGUGAUUGAUACGAACGUUCAGAUGACGUACAUGGGCAACCACGAGCGCCAGCUCAUUCAGAACUUCCUGACGAAGAAAAGCGAGGAGAAGACGCGUGCACUACGCGCGAAGUACUCGUCAACGUCCAGUAGCAGCAAUAACUACCAGUACCAUAAACCUAAGGAAGCUGCGCUGGUGAUCCGCACCAGGUCCAGGACGAGCGAGAAGGAGCACAAGGGCGGCAGCGUUGGGAGCAGCAACGGCAAGAACUCGAACGGUGUGAGCAUCCGCACGCCAACUCGCCGUGCCGGAAAAGCUGCUGCGCGCCACCAUGCCUCCUCCGACACCGACGACGAGGAUGACACGGACUACAUUACGGAGAAGUCUGGAGUAGAGAUGGAUUUGUUUGGAGACCCGGCAUAA